AUGGAACGCGAAAGAGAAUUGGGCAAUGCGACGGAUAGUGUGCGAUACACUGGAACCACCACCACAUUGGCGGGUAGCACAGCGGAGGGCGAGCGCCACAGCGCCCCGACGAUUUCAUGUACGUCGGUCCUCUGCACAUCUGCUGGCGACGUGAAUGAAGGGAAUUUUGUGGAGGACACGGUGGAAGUCGAUGAUGUCGCUGGGAGUAGUGUUGCUUCUGCGAUGGCGUACCUCGCGCCCACCUCCGAGUUGGAGAACUACGAGAACAGCACUUCAGAGGAGCCUGAAAAAGUCUACGAGCGAGCGUUUUUCAUUCGCAGAAGCCGUACACCCCCACUGAAGGCUCUCCUCGGUUUCUCGGGCACGCCCCAGGUGGGCUUGCAGGGCCAAAACAUGCAUAGAGACAGGUAUGGGUCUCUACAUUUCAUAACCUUCUCCUCCGCAGCGUCCGAUAAAACUAUGAUAGACCACGGUGCACCGCUGGACCCUGUCACGGUUCGAACAUCAGAUGCCAUCUCAGGUACUCGCAAAGGGGUUCUGCAGGCUUACCUCACACAGUGCGUCAAAGGACGCCACGCACGGGCAUCUUGGAGCGACCCACGAGUUGGUAAACUUUCUUUUACUAGUCGCCAUGGGAGGCAUGCCAGCUACAACGUCUACAAUUGCGUGGUUGGUGAUGCACUCAGGAUUUCCGUUGGGGGAACGCGUUCCACUAGUUGUCCAGUUCGUCUUUCACGUGCAGAGACAUCAGGCACGCCAAGCCUCCGCUUGGAGGGCUCGACCUGUCAGGCUCCGUCUGAAAACCGCACACCUUCCCUUCCUAGUACGUGCUGCAGCACGAGCAUCUUGCGCCAUCAGCCCUCCGACGAUUCAUUGCAGUACCGCUUGGCCGUUCAGCAUGCCAAAAAAAGGAGAUACGGAUUGAGUUUGCGCGAGGUGCUUGCAAACCCAGAUAACGUCGAUGAUGAGGAAGAGGAGCAUGAGGAGGAUAGUAUUGCUAUAUGCGAAUAG